CCGAAUUCGCGUUUUAAAUGGUUCGCUAUCUUUUGCCUUCUAAUGUUCCUCGUGUACUAUAUUACCAAUACUUAUGACAGCCCAAUGGUUGAGCUGGAAUCGGGUAAAAUGGAAAUUAAAGCGAAAACUGUAAAAAUUGACAGAAUUGUAAAACAUGCAAUUCUCAACAAGACCGAUGAGGGAGAAGAAGAAACAGUAAUGCCACAGCCUCUGUACUAUGUCGAUAGCGCGCAGUGCAGAAUGCCUUCUGUUGAUCCCUUCUCAAAGGACGCAAUGGAGAUAUAUAAGCCAAUGGUAUUCGAGACGUGUACAAAUGAUUCGGAUCUCAUUAGACCCAUCUUCGAUUUCAACCGCAAGCGCUAUGUGCUCCGGAUUGAUGAAAGUGUCGCAGCGAAGCUUCUCAAUUCUAGUGAAACAGAAUACAAUUGCUACUACCAGGAAAUAACGAGAUAUGCGGAGCACGACAGUUAUAACGACCUGCCACCGAGGAAAUACUUUAGCCAACAUUACGUAGUGCCGUUACACGUCCAAGGCAUGAUAGUGGGCUGUAGCGAAGUGGCCAACGAUUCGAAUGUGCUGCAGACCGAUGCAUUUGGAUUCAUUCAGCACAUACCAACACCUUUAGCAGUGACAGUGGACAAUGCUAAGGCGGCACGCCGGAAACCAAGUGUUAUAAUGUUCGGCAUUGACAGCCUCUCGAGGAUCAAUCUGAGACGCACCAUGCCCAAAGUUUACAAGUACCUAACCCGUAAGGGUUGGUAUGAGAUGCAGGGCUACAAUAAGGUGGCUGACAAUACUUUCCCCAACCUAAUGGCCAUUCUCAGUGGCUAUUCGCCGGACACGGCCAAAGAGAAAGUCUGUGAUACUAAUUAUCACGGCUGCUUUGAUAAAUUUCCGUUCAUCUGGAAAUAUUUGAAGAAUGUAGGAUACUUGACAGCCUACGCGGAGGACUCGACUGGCAUGAACACUUUUAAUUAUUUAAAGCCGGGAUUUUUAACACAGCCCACAGACUACUAUUAUAGACCUUUGCUGAAAGCCUUCGAUGGCGAGAUGAAAACUUGGAAAUGCGAAAAAUGCUCAUUAACAUAUUGCAUCGGACGACGGAUCCACAGUAGCUACGUUUAUGACUAUGCGAAGGAGUUUACCAGGCGCUAUGUGAGCGAGCGACCUAUUUGGGGCCUAUUCUGGUCGAGCAGUUUCAGUCACGACGACUCUAUGAUGCCUUCGAUGAUGGAGGAUUUUGUUCUACAGUAUCUACUCGACUUUGAGGCGGAUCGUGUCUUUGAUGAAAGCAUUGUGAUAUUUUUCUCUGAUCACGGCGCCCGUUAUGGCAAACUAAUGAACUUGGCCAGUGCUUAUCUAGAGGAGCGUUUGCCCAUGAUGUUCAUCUACUUGCCACCCUGGUUUCGAAAACAGUAUCCGGAGUAUGCUAAAGCCCUUAAAAUAAAUCGUAAUCGCUUGACAUCCAACUUCGAUCUACAUAAUACACUCAAGCACAUCGCUGAAUUAGGCGGUGGUUCCAAUUCUCCACCAUUGCCCAAGGCUAACGAUUGUCCCAGUUGUCAAUCGUUAUUCUAUCCAGUGAAUGCGGUUCGCAACUGUUCGGAAGCCGGCAUACCCGAGCACUAUUGCACUUGCAAGCCGUAUAAAACGAUCAACUAUGAUUGGUCGGAUCGUAUCGCUGGCCGAGUCAUCGAGCGAAUGAACGAUUAUCUAUGGGCGAAAAAUCUGAGCAGCCUCUGCCAUAAUCUCACUCUAGACUAUAUACAUACUACGCAAUUUAAAAUCGGACUAGAGCACGAUUUUCACGGAGAGCUACCACAGACGGAGACUAAUGUCUAUCGCACCAAGUUCAAAGUGAAUCAAAAUAGCGCCGACUUUUUUGCAACUGUCGUUUACAAUAAUGUCACCAAUAGCGUGGAUGUCGAUGUAGAAUCCAUCAGCCGCACAAAUUCCUACGAAGAAGACUCAACCUGCAUUCAGGAUAAGAUUGCUAAACUGUAUUGCAUAUGCUUUUCAGAUCUUAAAUCAUAAUCCUGCAUACUGGUCCAAUCGAAACUAGA